GCGAAGGUGGUAAAGUACAGACGGCUCCUAGGGUGUACUCUCACACUAAAGACAAAUUAGAGUGACAUUAGAGUUUCCAUGAGGUGGUUGCUGAAUCGUCACUUCAACAUGUAAUAUGGAGCCUUAAAGACGAGCCGAGGAUGACGGCGGCGGUGGUGGGUAUGCCCGGGGGCGCGGGCGGCCUGACGGAGGAGUUGAGGGCCGUCCCCGGCAGCAGCGAGGGUGUGACUCCCCUUAUGUAUGCCUGCCAACAGAACCGCGACCACACCGUCAGACAGAUCCUGCACAGGAAGCCGGCCAGCGUGCACGAACGAGACCGGACGGGCAAGACAGCGCUCCAUUACUGUGCCGAGAACCCGACCCUCGCCUGCAUCGACCAGGUGAGUGACUCUCUUCCUUCUCGUCCCAUUCUCUGCAACUUGCCCUCUUGCCCCGGCGGAGAGAGCGCGUCGCCCGCCCGUCGCUCCUUGCAGUUGGCGAAGCACACUCGCCAGCCGUCCUCGCGAGACCGCCCGAGAUUUAGUUCGCUGCGUAGGGGGAAAGGUGGUUAUGAAGGGCGACUAUAA